AUGGCGGAUUGUGUUUCUUCCUCUUGUAAAAAAAGAUUCAAUAAAUACGAAAAAGUUAGAGUGACAGGAGGAAAUCACGAGGGGGAAGUCGGACUUUUUCUACUACCUUUGUUUUCCAUUAUGACGGCUGAGGGGAAUAUAAUCAAUGUGAAACAGCACUUCGUGGAGGGUUACAACAAUACACCCAUGACACCUAUAAUCAAUGUGGAACCACAACUUUUGGCUGCUAACAACACCACCACUGAAGUGGAUUCUGCUAUGCGGAUGCCUCGUGCGAGAUAUAGAUCUAGAAGAAGGCACAAGUAUCGCACCUCAAGGCGAUAUGGUAAGUACAAACAACAUGAAAAACCAUGCAUGAAUCUCGCACCUCAGGGCUCGGAUCCAAGUAAAACAUCCACCUCUAAAAGGAGACGUGGAAAGAAUAAAAAAUCCCGUGGUAGCUUGGCGGUAUAG